GCCCCUCCCCUGGGACAGUACCGACCUGUGUAGGCCAGUGCCCAGGCGCUGGGCAGGUAGUGCCCAGGCAGCUCAGGAGGAAAAUGGCCCAAACUGCCGCACCAGCAACAUCCAUCCAUGAUGAGGACUCCUCUGAAAGCAGAAUGGCGGUUACAUUCCUCAUGUCAGCACUUGAGUCAAUGUGUAAAGAACUUGCCAAGUCCAAGGCAGAAGUUGCCUGUAUUGCUGUAUACGAAACAGAUGUGUUUGUAGUUGGAACUGAGAGAGGAAGAGCCUUUGUCAAUUCUAGGAAAGAUUUUCAGAAGGAUUUUGUUAAAUACUGUGUUACAGAAGAGGAGAGGGCUGCAGAACUGCAGAAAACAAAGACUGUACCACCUGUAAACAGACUGACGGUGGAUAUUGUGGAACUGGAAGCUCUCAGAAAGUCUGUGGAGGACUUUUUCUGCUUUUGCUAUGGUAAAGCUUUAGGAAAGUCAACAGUGGUACCUGUGCCAUAUGAGAAGAUUCAGAGGGACCAGUCUGCUGUGGUAGUGCAGGGCCUGCCCGAAGGACUCGCAUUUAAACAUCCAGCAAAUUACGAUGUUUCAACCCUGAAAUGGAUUUUGGAAAACAAGUCAGGGAUCUCAUUUAUCAUCAAAAGGCCUUUCCUAGAGCCAAAGAAACACCUAGGAGCUCAUAUGACAGAAUCUUCACAUUCAGUUAUACCUCCAGGUGGAAGUUGUCCUCCUAUUCAAGUGAAAACGGAACCAAACGAGGAUUCUGGAAUUUCUUUGGAAAUGGCAACAGUAACAGUGAAGGAGGAAUCAGAUGAUCCUGACUACUAUCAAUAUAAUAUUCCAGCAGGCCCUUCCGAAACGUCGGAGAUGGAUGAAAAAAUUGCUCUUGCAAAAAGUUUCACAGAUUCCUCCCAGCAUGCCCCUUCAGAAACAAGUGAGGAUCCUGAGGUCGAGGUCACCAUCGAAGAUGAUGAUGACUACUUGCCCCCUAACAAGAGACCGAAGAACACUGAAUCAGCUAAUGAAGCUGCCAAUACUGGGAGAAGAAAAGUGAGAGAGUUCAAUUUUGAGAAAUGGAAUGCGCGAAUUACAGAUUUGAGAAAGCAAGUUGAAGAGCUGUUUGAAAAAAAAUACGCUCAAGCUAUAAAAGCAAAAGGUCCGGUGUCUAGGCUGCCAGAAGGAAUUCCCUUCAGGCGGCCAUCCACAUACGGCAUUCCCCGUCUUGAGAGGAUACUUCUAGCAAAGGAGCGGAUCCGGUUUGUGAUUAAAAAGCAUGAGCUUUUGAAUUCGACACAAGAUGAUCUACCAUUGGACAAACCAGUUGCAGGAGUGAAAGAGGAGUGGUAUGCCAGAAUCACCAAACUGAGAAAGAUGGUAGAUCAACUCUUCUGUAAAAAGUUUGCCGAGGCCCUGGGAAGCACUGAGCCUAAAGCUGUUCCAUACCAGAAAUUUCAGGCCCAUCCUACUGACCUCUGCGUUGAAGGGCUGCCAGAGAACAUCCCCUUUAGGAGCCCCUCCUGGUAUGGAAUCCCUCGCCUUGAAAAAAUAGUUCAAGCGGGCAACAGAAUAAAAUUUGUGAUCAAAAGGCCGGAGCUGCUAACUCUCACUUCAACCGAAGUUAUUCAACCCAGGUCGAACACCCCAGCCAAAGAAGAUUGGAACGUCAGGAUCACAAAGCUAAGAAAACAAGUAGAAGAGAUAUUUAAUAUGAAGUUUGCCCAAGCUCUGGGGCUUUCAGAGGCAGUGAAAGUUCCCUAUCCUGUAUUUGAAUCAAACCCUGAGUACUUGUACGUCGAAGGCUUGCCAGAAGGAAUCCCCUUCCGGAGUCCCACAUGGUUUGGAAUUCCACGCCUUGAAAGAAUUGUUCGUGGGAGUGGCAAAAUCAAAUUUGUUGUUAAAAAGCCUGAGCUUGUCACUUCCUAUUUGCCUCCAGGACUGGCUAGUAAAAUAAACACUAAAGCAAUGAGUCCAAAGAGUUCAAAAAGGUCGCGAAGUCCUGCAGACAAUUCAAACGUCCCAGAGAUUGAAGUUACUGUUGAAGAAGGUCCUAAUAAACAACAAACAACAGAUGUUCGAACUAAUUCUCAAACCAAUGGGUCCAAUAUGAGUUUCAAGCCACGAGGAAGAGAGUUUUCUUUUGAGGCGUGGAAUGCCAAAAUUACUGACUUAAAGCAGAAAGUCGAAAACCUUUUUAAUGAAAAAUGUGGGGAAGCGCUGGGGCUGACUGAACCAGUGAAGGUGCCGUUUGCAUUGUUUGAAUCCUUCCCGGAGGUUUUCUACGUGGAAGGACUACCUGAGGGGGUGCCAUUCCGCCGACCUUCUACUUUUGGAAUUCCAAGACUAGAGAAGAUCCUGAGAAACAAAUCAAAGAUAAAAUUCAUUAUUAAAAAGCCUGAGAUGUUUGAGGCGGCUGUUAAGGAAAGUUCUGCUAGAAGCCCCCAAAGAAAAAAUAAUUCAUCCAAUAUAACCAAUACAGCAAGCACCACAACAAACACAGUGGUGAACACAGCUGCAGGUGUUGAAGAUCUUAACAUCAUUCAAGUAACUAUACCAGAUGAUGAAAGCGAGCGACUGUCAAAAGUAGAGAAGGCCAGACAAUUGAGAGAGCAAGUAAAUGAUCUUUUUAGCCGGAAAUUUGGUGAAGCCAUUGGUAUGAAUUUUCCUGUGAAAGUCCCAUACAGAAAAAUCACUAUCAACCCUGGCUGUGUGGUGGUGGAUGGGAUGCCUCCUGGCGUGGCAUUUAAAGCUCCCAGUUAUCUGGAAAUCAGCUCGAUGAGGAAGAUUUUGGAAUCGGCAGAGUUUAUAAAAUUUACUGUCAUUCGACCAUUUCCAGGACUUGUGAUUAACAAUCAACUGAUGGAAAAAGCUGAAGCAGAAGCACCACCAACAGCACCAGCAGCAGCACCAGUACUACCAGGUGAUGCAGAGCGUGACGCGUGUCCUUGCAGAAGGGAACCAGCUGAACCAAGCCAAAUAGAAGUAUCUCUAGGAGAUACUACAGAAACAGAAGAAAAUUCUCAAAUAAAGCAAGAACCAGACCCAACGUGGUAGACCUCAUCAAUACUGGUCAGAAGCAUCCAGUUCUGAGAAGAGCCUGCCGGGACUGUCUUGAGCUGUGUAAUAUAACUGUAUAAGAGAAGUACCUUCUAUACAAACCCUUUUUGUACUUUUAGAUAGAAAUGUCUACUUUUUCAGCAGUUCUGUGAAUUGACUUAAAGCAAAGAGUGACUGUAGAUUUGGAAUGGCUGGUUUUACUUUGGAAUAUAUUAUAAGGACUAAAUUUGAUGCAGCAGUGCCAGGGAGAUGACAGGGAUAAAAAUCAACAGGGACUUAACAGAGGCUGUCUACAUUUCCCAAUAAAGCUGAAUUUCACCGUACCUGAAUGCAUCUCAGCUUUUGUAAUGAAGAAAAAUUCCUGCAAGUAGUUCAGUUUGUUAGUUUUACUUUGGAAAAAAAAAAAUAUCAUUAAUUUUUGGUUCUUACUCCUUUAAUGGCUGAUUGGACACUAGUAUCUGUAUAUUUGAACUAAUUUUUCCUAUUAUAUCUAUCACAAUUCAUAUGUUUUUCAUAAAUAAAAGAUAAACUGGUUCACUUGACCGUUAGUACGCAUUAAUGAGAUGGACUGUGAAAUGGUCAGUAUUUCAGUGUGUGGAUUAGGAACCAAUUUAAAUUAAACCCUGUUACAGUUUGUUCCAUUAAUUCAAAGUAGUAAGUGCAUGUUUUAUCAGAAUAUCACAUGGCUUAUAUAUGAUGGGUCUGGUCUUGCAGUCCUAACGUAGGCAAAACUCGCAUGGGCCUGUGUGAGAGCUUUUCUCCUGAAGGCUGUGGGGGAUGCCCUUCUCUUCAUCUAGAACUAGUUAUGGAAACGUAUGCUACAAGACGCUGCGAGUCCUACUAUGUCAAAAGUUAAGUCCCCUGUAGUCCUGGUUACGCCCCACAUCAUGUAAGAGACUCAUGUACGCAUUUUUUUUUUAAGUUUCACAAACCGUAAGAGAUGUAAAGUUCUGGCUAUAUGAUAAUCUCUAUAGAGAAGAUGCAGAUUAUUGUAAAGGUUUCUCUUUUAUUGGCAUGAGUUUGGGAUGACUGCGUUACGCACAAAUGAUAAACCUUAUUCCCUGAUUAAGAAAUAAAGACCUUUCUGAUGGUUUUCCUGACUGUCCAUGCAGUAUACGUUUGCAUAUUUUACAACAGAUCAAGUUCUAGAGGUAAUUCUCCAGGCAGGUAGAACAUGCCGUAGCGUAGUUAUUCAUUCCAGCGAAGGCAGUAAGUUCCAGUCACGCCUUUCAGACAGAAAUCCAGCUCCGGGUGGGUGAGGUUGUUGUAUCUUCAAGGAAAAUUUUGAAGCCUUAAAUUCAAUAGGGUACAGUGUGAAUUCCCUGGGAGCAACCUGAAAUUCAGCAGAUAAAUUCAGAGCAGCACGUGCUCUGUCGUUCUGGAGGCAAGGGAGCGCUGUAGGACGUGUGCUGGCGUUUUCACAAUUGCUCCGUGCAGGUCUAGGUGCUCCCUCUUAAAUAUUCGGACCUUGCGCUGUUGAUGUCGGCAGGAGCAGGGUUAGCUCCAUGCCGAGUCAUUUUGAAAACGCUCGUCCCGGUUGUACCUUCCGGCUCUCCAGAUGGGAACCGGUGGUAACCGAUGCAGUGCUGCCUCCCUGCCUCGGCAAACGGCCCCUAUCUCAGUCCCGUGGGAACGAGCCCGUUGACUUAACUUACCUGUUAACUCUCAGCCCUACGGGUACUGCCCCAAAUUAUAACCACUGACGUGUUUCACUGCUGAUUACUUUAAUAGACGUGCUCGGUUAACGCACCUCCGUAAAUAGGUUGUUAUCAGGGUGACGGCCAGUUUCGCGAUUGCUGCUAGAAAUGUUUAGAAUGGGGAAAUGAGUUAAUGUAGCUUUCCCCUGGUCUUCAGCUGGCUCUCGACUUCCCCUUUUGAAAAAGCAGAAGGAUGGUCCAUCCCUUCUUCACUCACAGCAGUCUUCAGGAGGCACUUUUUGCACAGCUGCCUGCGCAGCAAGGCUAUGUAUUGCUGAUGGAGUGGUUAGCGCUCACUCAAAAUGAGGACGAGGCGUCAUAGCGAAAAAACUGUGAAAAUCAGUAAUUCCAGGCUACUGCCUUGUCAAGUAUGUAACAGCAGAGUGUGGACGUCCUGCAACUUCGUGUGCAGGAGCUGCAAAAAAAAAAAAGAAGUGAAAACCGAUGCAGUGGUUUUACUGGAAGGACUGGAGUCCUUGUGUGACGCUGGGAGUUAGGGUGGCGGUAUGCAUUUGUGUCCGUCCCGCUGCUGGGCUUGCAGUAAUGCUGAUGGGUACGUCAGCAUUCAACACUGAAGUCUCUUUUUGGUCUCAGACAUUUUGAGUUCUAUCCAGUAGAGAGAAAUUAGACUGACAAAAUACUUGCACCAAUAUUUAUACCUUCCAAAUAUCAAUUUUAUAUUAAAAAAAUAUCUAUCUCUAUAUAUAGUCCUAACAGGUAGCAGACUUUUAAGAUGUUGACCGUGUAUGAAAAUCUCACUCAUUUCCAAACUAGUAAUACGUGAGGCGUGUCACUCUCCGGGUGUUGAGUGAUAAUGCCCUAAAAAGCCUUGGCUGUACUAAUAAACAAGUAAAUAAAGAAAAUUGCAACA